AUGCCCUUCGUGGAGCUCGAGACCAGCCUGGCCGCCCAGGCCCUCCCCAAGGACCUCCCCGCCAAGCUGAGCCGCGCGGCGGCCGACAUCUUAGGAAAACCCGAGGAGCGCGUGGUGGUGACGGUGAAGGGCGGCCUCUCGAUGGUGCUGUGCGGACGCGCCGGGGACUCGGCUCCAGGGGCCUUGCUCUCGGUGUCCUCCAUCGCGGUGGUGGGCUCCGCGGAGCAGAACAAGCAGCAUAGCGCCCGCUUCUUCGAGUUCCUUCAGCGGGAGUUGGGACUCGCCCCAGAGCGGAUCGUGAUCCGGUUCUAUCCGCUGGAGCCCUGGCAGAUCGGGAAGAACGGGACCGUCAUGACCUUCCUCUGAUUCCGGACCGCUUUUCAAAGCCAUUCCGCAAUAAAUGAAAUAAAAGAAUGUGAGAGCAAAUCCAGAAA